GCCCAGUUCCUGUCUGUUCUUGGGUUCUCUCUAUGGUGCUGGGUGGACGAUACCAUUGAACAGGGAAGCGGGGGUGCACUGCCGGUGUCCACGGAGGGUGACAGGAAGAUGGCGCAGGCUCUGUCUGAGGACGAGUUUCAGCGGAUGCAGGCUCAGCUCCUGGAGCUCCGGACCCAGAACUACCAGCUGUCGGACAACCUGCGCAAAAACAACCAGGACCUUGCAUCUCUCCGUCAGAAACACGUCUCCCUGGAGAAAGAUUUUCAGAAGGCGCAGAAGGCCCUCAGUAAAAGCAAGAAAGCCCAGGAGGUGGAAGCAUUGCUGGGCGAGAAUGAGAUGCUCCAAGGAAAGCUCCACAGUCAGGAGGACGACUUCAGGCUGCAGAACAGCACGUUGAUGCAGGAGCUAUCCAAGCUGUGUUCCCAAAUUGAGCAACUGGAAACCGAAAACCGGCAGCUGAAGGAAGGCGUUCCGUCUCAGGAGGGCGUCCCCGGGGCCGAGGAAGGCGAGCUGAGAAGACUUCAGGCCGAGAACACUGCACUUCAGAGGACUAUUGGCUCUCUUCAAGAACGACACGAGAAGGAAAUAGCGUCACUGAGGAGCCAAGAAACGCAGGCCAGUAGUGUCCGCCCCUCACGUACAGGCCCAGAGAGCGAGGCCCAGGAUGCACAGACAGAUGGACAGGCCCUCGUACAGCAGGAUGGCGAGCCGGCUGGGAGCUGGGAGCUGAGAGACGACAAUCUGCAGGGUGUAACGCUGAAACUGGCGACCCAGACGGAAGAGAACAAACUGCUGAGAGACGAGAUAAACACCCUCCAGGGGGAGAUCUCCAGGCAUCAAGAAGAAAACACGAAGAUAUCUGAAAAGUUAAAGAAGAAACAUGACAGCUAUCUACGUCUCCAAACAGACAAGGAAGCCCUGUACAACGACAGCAGAACGAAAAUAGAGGAAAUCCAGCAGAGGAAAGAGGAAGAACUGAAAGCUUCCGCCUUACGGAACCAGAAGUUGCAGCAGGACCUGAAUGCCGCUCAUCAGGUCUGUGCUGAUCUGAAGGAGCAGAUCCAGAGCUUGAAACAAGACCAUGAGAAGUCCCUUCAAGGACUACAGGAGCAGGUAGCGUGGCAAAGUGCGGAGAGCCAGGAGCAGGUUGACAACAUUUUGUCAGAGAACGAUGCCCUGCGUACCAACCUAGCGGCCUUGGAGCAGAUUCAGACAUCCAGAACCCAGGAGCUAAGUUUAUUACGGGACCAAAGUGCGGCUCUGACGGCAGAACUUCAGCAGCUGCAGAAUGAGAAGGACGCUCUGCUGGCCCAGAGGGAAGACCUUAAAACUCAGCUGCAGGAGUCCGGCCGUGCGAAUGGCCGCCUGCUGGAGCAGCUGCAGGAACAGAAACAGGAGAUUCAGCAGCUGCAGCAGGAUCUGGAAGAAGCCCGAAAGAGCGCUGAUAAGCGAAAAGGCAUGUUGGAUGAGAUGGCCAUCGAAAUGCAACAGGAGAAGGCACGGCACAAAGAAGAGGUGGGCAAUAUUAAGCUCCAGCAUGAGAAGGAGGUCCUAAGCAUCAGAGCCAAGUACGAGAAGGAACUGAGGGAGCUUCACGAAGAGAAGAACCGCGGCGAGGAAGAUCUGAGAGGUCAGCUGAGGGAUGAGAAGGCUCGAAUUCGGGAGUUGGAAGGAUUGCAGCAAACAACAGAAGAACUGCGCUUACAGAUCCAGUCAAUAGAAGGAACCAAAGGCUGGUUUGAGCGGCGACUAAAGGAGGCAGAAGAGACCAUUGAAAAGAACCAGUUGAAACAUGAAGAAGAUUUGGCCAAACUGCGAAAGGAGCAUUCUGCUGAUCUUCAGGCGAAAGAACAGGAGCUGGAGACGCUGACAGAACAAAUAACGUUUUCUGAGAAGGACAAAGAAAGUCUUAAUGAAACAAUAGAGCGGCUAAAGCAGGAUGUAAAGGAUACCGCUGAUGGACAGAGAAUCCUGGAGAAGAAGGGAAGUGCAGCUCUUAAAGAUCUGAAAAGACAGUUGCACCUGGAGAGAAAGAGGGCGGAUAAACUGCAGGAACGUCUCCAAGAGAUUCUCACCAAUAGUAAAACCCGGACAGGUUUGGAGGACUUGGUACUGGCCGAAAUUAGCUCUCCCAGCCGGACCCAGACGGGCGAUAGCAGCAGCGUCUCCUCCUUCAGCUACCGAGAGAUCAUGAAGGAGAACGCAACCCCCAGCAGCAAUAAGUCUAACAGCGGAAGCCCCCAGUCGCAGCCGCAGAGACCGGCCGAGCUGUCAGAUGAUGAGAUGUCCGACCUGUUCCAGAGAUUAGCCGAAAUCCAGCAGGAAAAAUGGUUGCUGGAAGAAAAGGUGAAGCACUUAGAAGUGAGCAGCGCGUCUAUGGCCGAGGAUCUGUGCAGGAAGAGCGCCAUCAUUGAGUCAUACGUCAUGGACAGCAGGAUCGACGUGUCGGCCAUCCACGGGCAGGUAGAUCGCAGCAGCCUCAGCAGCGUCCUCCGAGAUCUGGUGAAACCGGGCGACGAGAACCUGAGGGAGAUGAACAAGAAGCUGCAGAACAUGCUGGAGGAGCAGCUCACCAAGAACAUGCACCUGCAGAAGGACCUUGAAGCUCUGUCCCAGGAGAUUGUCCGACUAAGCAAAGAAUGUGUGCCUGCACAUGGGAGCCCCCAGAACCCCUCCAAAAGCUGAAACCAGGACUGCCGCUUUAUUUCGACCAUCUCAGACGUCCCCCCCAGUAUUGUCGCCCCUCUAUGAUUUAACUGAACUGUAUCCCCCCCCCCCCCCAUAAUUUUGCUCUUACAUUCCCCCUAGGCUGGUGCAUUCCAUGUGUGCGUCCAUUUUAUGUCUUUUGCCUCUUAUAAUGUGGGGGGGGGGGGGGGGGAAGCAAGUGAAGGAGAUAAGGGCACGCCCGCCUCUCAGUUUCCUUAGGGUUCCUCUCACUGGCUCACCUCUCUUGCC